GGUUCAGAGUGUGUAAUUUGUGAACAAAGAAUAGAAUAAAAUCCAUCUACUGUAAUUUACUUUAAUACUGUACAUUUAAAACUGGUGUAAAUGAGCAGAUGUGCCCUGCGACUAGCUGGCUGCCUACCUUUGGAUUUGUUCCCCAUUUGCACCUGAUGAAUUGAGUUCAUUACAAAAUGGAUAAAUAAAUGGCUGUUUCAGGUUCACCAGACAUGACACGGCGCCUGUCAAGAAACUUCAUUGCUGGAUUUCUGUUAAUCCUGCCAGUGACAUUUUCACAGGAAAACAAAUUUGAGCUUGUAGGAUCAGACACCCCUAUAACUGGCAAAUUGGGACAAACUGUGGUUUUGCCAUGUCAACUCAAACCUAACAUUUCAGCAAAAGCCAUGGAAAUCACUUGGCUUACAGAUGAUGAUAAAACAACAGUGUUUCACUACAAAGCAGGAGCAAUCCAGGAAGUGAGCGAGCAAUAUAAAGACAGGACCUUCCUGUUAUUGGACAAACUGCCAUCUGGAAAUGUUUCCUUGCUACUAAUGAAUUUACGUGUCUCAGAUGAAAAUAAGUAUAAGUGCUUUGUCUUUGAAAAGGAUUGGUUUAAUGACAUAGUAGUGCAACUAACAAUUUCAAAUCUGGGUGACAGGCCCCAGCUUAGUUUGGCCAACAAAGAUGGUGGUGUUACCUUAAAAUGUGACUCCCAGGGAUGGUACCCAAAACCCUUGUUACAAUGGAGAUCUAUAGCAGGAAAAUCUCUACCAGGAGAUGUUGAAGCUUUGGAAAGCCCAAAUGGGCUUAUUACAAUGUCUAGUCAAAUUGUAAUACCUGAUGACAACAGUGGCGUUGUCUGUUCUAUUCAGGAUGGUCCGAGCAGGAAAAUCUAUAAAUCCCAGGUUUACAUCAAUGGAGGCACAGUCAGCAGGACUUUUAGCAGGCAUGACAGAAUGACUAAGUCCCAAGAUAUUGGCUCUGUCAUACAGGCGAUGGCUGCCAAGAUCCAAGCAUUAAAGGUCCAGAUGGGCAAACAGUGGACCCAGCUCGCUAAGGCAGAGGAAUGGGUGCACAUACUGGUGCCUUUCCUGAAGGGACUGACACAGCAGGCCUACUACAACCUUGAUGAGCAUGCGGCCAGUAAUUAUGAUCAACUAAUGGCCGAGGUGCUGCUACAGUAUGCAAUUAAUCUGGACCAGUAG